UUACUUCCCUGCCAAUUCCCGAACCCGAAUACCCCAAGGCAGAGGCGGAGGGCGGAGGCGGAGGCGAGGAGAAAACGAAGACAAGAAAAGAAUGGAUCUGCAGCUAGAGGAGUUGCAGGCCCUGUCGAUGGCGGACGUGGUGCGGGAGUCGGUGGCGAUCCCGCGCGGCGCCCCCCGCACCUUCGCCCUCAUCACUCUCGCCCUCGUUUUCCCCCUCUCAUUCGCCAUCCUCGCCCAUACCCUCUUCACCCACCCCAUCCUCCUCCAGCUGCAGAGGAGCGACGCCCCGGCCUCCGACUGGCUCCUCCUCCUCCUCUACCAGUUCGCCUACCUCCUUUUCCUCUUCACCUUCUCCCUCCUCUCCACCGCCGCCGUCGUCUUCACCGUCGCCUCCCUCUACGCCGCCAAGCCCGUCUCCUUCUCCUCCUCCCUUGUCGCAGUUCGCCCCAUCUUUCCCCGCCUCUUUCGCACCUUCCUCUGGGUUGCCCUUCUCAUGCUUCUCUAUAACCUCGUCUUCGCCCUCGCCGUCCUUCUUCUCCUCCUCUUCAGCCCGCUCCAGGGCUCGCCCUCCCGGCUUUUCGUCAUCUUCUUCGUCCUCGUCCUCCUCGCCUUCCUCGCCGUUCACGUCUACAUCUCCGCCCUCUGGCACCUCGCCAGCGUCAUCUCCGUUCUUGAGCCCCUCUGCGGCCUCGCUGCCAUGGCCAAGAGUCGCGACCUCCUCCGCGGCCGCGCUCGCAUGGCCGCCGUCCUAGUCGUCGCCUACCUUGGCACAUGUGGCCUUGUUGGCGCCCUCUUCCGUGCCAUCGUCGUCAAGGGACCCAACGAGGAGGGCAGCCUCGGCGUCACCAGCGUCUCCGUCAAGGUCCUCGUCGGUGGUGCGCUCGUCGCGGUGCUCGUCAUGGUCAACCUCGUCGGCCUGCUCGUGCAGAGCGUCUUCUACUAUGUCUGCAAGAGCUACCACCAUCAGCAGAUCGACAAGAGCGCGCUGUAUGACCAUCUGGGUGGCUAUCUCGGUGAGUACGUCCCGCUCAAGAGCUCCAUCCAGAUGGAAAACUUCUGAACAAAUGACGGCCUCUAAACGCAAGUAACUACUCUUGGCUCUCGUCUCUUAUCUAUACGCCAGUGUUGCUUCUUUGUUACCGCUGGAGGAACAACAGAGUGUUUUAGCAGCUUAAUGUGAGAAAUAACGAAGAGACGUGGAAUUUAUGAAUGUAGAGAGGUGGUAGUUUUUCAGCUCCUAGUUUUAACUUUGUUACCUGUGGUUUGUACUUUCAAACAUCUUGGUUGUGGGAAAUGUUCAUAUGACAGCUGCUGGUGCUGUCUCAUUCAAAUGAAAAUGUAAUAAUCCACUGGAUAUUUCCUUCAUUUUUCUCUGUAAUUCGUGUUGAUAUUAUAUCUUUUGAUAUUUACAAA